AUGAUCCCCAAAGAUCCCGAUCCCAUCCUUGACUUCGACUUCGACAAUAACGCCAACGCCUCCUCCAGGACACACCUCUCCUAUAACCAUGACGCCAGCCCGCCACACUCUCCUUCAUCACGUGAGCACACGUAUACCCCACAAGAUGACGGCGACAUUGACGCAAUCCACACUGUUCCUUCCUCUCGCCCGACACUGCACGACCUGCGCAUCCCAACCUCCUCCCACGCCGUGCCAGGAAACACGUCAGAAGACCGGGGCGAGUACAGAGCCUUCGUGCCCAUGGCGACUCCAAAACCGCAGCGAAAGCCCGCCCCGCCGCUCAUUGAAAUAUACGCCGGCUCCAAACCCAUCUCUGAAAAGCGACGAGAUGCAGACCGGGAGCGAGACUGGAGUCAUGAUCCAUUCAAGCUUCAGAAACAGAUCCGCAACCUCCUCGCCCUCAUUGUCUUGCUCCUUCUCAUAAUGAUAAUGAUGAUGAUACCUAUUAUUUAUUUGACCGCGCGCACGUGGGUGUUUGCCUCGUCUAAUGUCUCUGCCUUCACGGCUGACGGCCAGGGUACAUCGCGCGGCCUGCCGGGACUCAUGGCGGAUAUUGCGAACAAGGCAGCAAAUGCGACAAGGACGGACAUUGGGGACCCAGUAAAAUCGUUGGGCAAUUGGGCACAGGAAAUGAGCGGAUGGGCGAAUGCGACGAGUGCACAGCUAAAGGGGAUGGAUGCGGGUGGGCUGAAUGGAAUGGUCAAGACGGCGGUGAGCGGGGUAGAUGGGGUGAAUAAGAGGUUCGAUGAUAUGUUGGACAAGUUGGUUGUGGUUGGGGUGAACGGGACUGGCGAGAUUUGGUCGAGGUGA